AUGGAAAUGUCCGCAAAAAAACGGAGGAAAUUGUUGAAAGCAGCACGUGCUUCCUUAUCAAGGCGAAGAUACAAUAUUUAUUCCUGGUCUCCCGGGAUGCCCCACUCCGUCUAUUGUCCUCCCAUUCCUGUGCUGAUGCUUAAUUUUCAAAACUUCUAUAUCACCAAGGGACCUACGACAUCAGCCGAGAAAUACCCUGCAAGUACAAAAUCCGUGAGCCAGCCCCGUCCGUGCAGAGGGGAGACGCUCGCCGCCUUGCACCAGCUUUUCCCUGCCCUCACUAUACCCACACACAGCACGCGAGGGGAGACUUUUCCAUUUACCGCACAUUUUGGGGACUUUAACGCCUUUUUUUUUUUUGCCAUUGUUGGAGAGGAGCGGGGGGGGAAAGCAACGGGUUACUUUGGGAAGCACACAAUGUCAGCGACCUUCCCGGGACUUGUCCACGACGCAGAGAUACGUCACGACGGAUCAAACAGCUACCGGCUCAUGCAGCUCGGUUGCCUGGAGUCCGUGGCCAACUCCUCGGUCGCCUACUCCUCCUCCUCCCCGCUCACCUACCCGGCGCCGGCGGGCACGGAGUUCGCCUCUCCUUAUUUCUCGGCCAACCACCAGUACACUCCCCUGCACCACCAGUCCUUCCACUAUGAGUUCCAGCACUCUCACCCGGCCGUGGCCCCAGAGGCCUACGGGCUCAACUCGCUCCACUCGGGUCAGUACUACCAGCAGAUCCACCACGGAGAGCCCGCAGACUUCAUCAACCUGCACAACGCACGCUCGGCACUCAAGUCUUCGUGUCUAGACGAGCAGCAACGGCGGGAACUGGGCUGCCUCGACGCUUACCGGCGACACGACCUGUCGCUCAUGACGUCACACGGCUCCCAAGCCUACGGCGUCGGGAUGCACCAUCCGGACCAGAGAUUGCUACCUGCUGCCGGCCUGGGCCUCCCUGCCACUGCAGACGACCUGCAGGGCUCCGUGGAAGCGCAGUGUGGGCUCGUGCUCAACGGCCAAGGGGGCGUCAUCCGGAGAGGGGGAACUUGUGUGGUGAAUCCGACAGAUCUAUUCUGCUCGGUACCAGGUCGACUGUCACUCCUCAGCUCCACCUCUAAGUACAAAGUCACCAUCGCAGAGGUGAAAAGAAGACUGUCACCACCAGAAUGCCUCAACGCCUCUCUACUGGGUGGAAUACUGCGCAGAGCCAAGUCAAAGAACGGCGGCCGGUGUCUUCGGGAGAAAUUAGACCGUCUCGGCCUCAACCUGCCGGCAGGACGGAGGAAAGCUGCCAAUGUCACACUGCUCACCUCCCUGGUGGAGGGAGAAGCGCUUCACCUGGCAAGAGACUUUGGCUACACCUGCGAGACAGAAUUUCCCAGCAAGGCGGUGGGCGAACAUUUGGCCCGGCAGCACAACGAGUCGAAAGAAACCAGCGCACGGAAGAAAAUGGUUUUGGCUACAAAGCAAAUCUGUAAGGAGUUCCAGGACUUGUUAAGUCAAGAUCGUUCUCCUUUGGGAUCCUCCAGACCCACACCAAUUUUAGACCUGGACAUCCAGAGACACCUUACACACUUCAGUUUAAUCACCCACGGUUUUGGUACGCCAGCUGUUUGCGCCGCUCUCAGCACUUUCCAAACAGUCCUGAGUGAGAUGCUCAACUACCUGGACAAAAACUCAAGCGGCAAAACAAGCGGACCGACCGAUCAACAGAUUAACAGCGGCUCGGAAAAGUCGCAUCUCCGCAAAGCGACCGAGCCGCAGAGCAAAGACGGGAAAACUGAAAAGACUGAGUAG